CUCAUCUACUUCUUUUUUGUUGUCUCAGCGCCCACUCUUUUCGGACUGCCACUGUCAUUAUUGACGAUGUGGCAUGCUAGCGACUCUGUUACAUUGAUAAUCCCGUCUGCACCGUCAUGUCCUUCCAUAGUCCACCGCUCCCAGCACAACAACGUUCGGCUUUAUCCACUGUGACCUCGCCAGCCUUAUCUGCGCUUCCCUCCCGAAGAGACUCGGAUAGUAUUGUUCAGGGCCAGGUUGCGACCGAAGACCAUCACACCGAUCCCCAUUCCUCGCAUGAGCUACAUAGCUUACGCAGCUGUGUUACCUGUCGCCGGAGGAAAGUGCGCUGCAACAAGCGAUCUCCGUGCUCGAAUUGCGUCAAGGCGGGUAUCGAGUGCAUCUUCCCCCCACCUGGAAGGGCGCCCCGCAAAUCGAAGCGGCCUCAAGACGCAGAGCUUCUGUCUCGACUCAGGCGCUUGGAGGGCGUUAUCGAGCAUCUGAAUGAAAAACGAACAGCGUCGGUAUCGGAUACGCCUUCCCCGCGUCAACCACGCAGCGAGAAUGUGAGCGCACAAGGCCCGCCAGCGCCUCACGUAGGCGAUGGAGAUGGGGAUGGGUGUCCGCUCAUGCUAAAUGCGGCUAAUGUGGACCCCCUGAGGCCUAUGGCAUCGCGAAACAUAGAGCAUGAAUUUGGUCGACUGGUCAUUGAUGAAGGCCGAAGUCGCUAUGUGAGCAACCGUUUCUGGGCUAGUCUUGGUGAUGAGAUUGAGGAGCUGCAGGAUAUCCUUGAUCCAUCAUCAUCCGAGGAUGAAGACUAUCCCUCUCCGGGGUCAUCGUCAACCAAUUCCGCUAAUCAUGACGGAUUCAUUUUCGGUUUUUACUCGCUCUCGCACUCACUCCGCGAUUUCCUUCCACCGCCGCCGAAGGUCUCAGUGCUCUGGAAUAUUUACCACGAGAAUGUGGCCCCUAUGGUCCCCAUCGUUCAUAAACCCACCGCCAAGCAGCUCUUUACUACCGCGGCCCAUGACCCGAGCAGCUUGGACAAGAAUCAGGAAGCACUUUUCCUAUCAAUGUGCUUGGUAGCAGUCAUCAGUUUGUCUCAUGACCAAUGUAUCGUCCAGCUAGAAGUGGACCGUGAUGCUGCUGUGAAACGCUAUCGUUUUGCGGUCGAGCAAGCUUUAGCGAAGGCCAAUUUCUUGAACACACAGAACCUGAUGCUAUUGCAAGCUACUGUUAUUUUCCUCAUUGGAAUUCGUCGCGAGGACGAUACCAAGUUUGUGUGGUCCAUGACAGCUCUCGUCCUCCGCCUCGCGCAAGGGCUUGGUCUUCAUCGGGACGGAACGAAGUUCGGAUUGAAACCUUUCGAUACAGAGAUGCGUCGGAGACUGUGGUGGCAUAUUUGUUUGCUAGACAUUCGUUCAUCUGAAGACCAUGGCACGGAUUCGCAGAUCCACGAACGAAUAUAUGAUACUCGGCUUCCGUUGAACGUGAAUGACGAUGACAUUACACCAGAUAUGCCAGAGCCUCCCCCAGAGAGAAUCGGUUUUACUGAGAUGACCUUCUGUCUCAUCCGCUGCGACAUUACUGUAGCUCUUCGACGGGUGAGCUAUGCCUGCCCGAAUGGUCAUUUCACUUCUGGCACCCGAGUAAUGUCUCCGGAUAACUGUGGAAAUCUGAUCAAAGCCAUCAAUGCCCGCAUCGAGGAACGAUACAUCAAGCAUUGCGACAUGAAUGUGCCCAUACAAUGGGUUUGCGCUACGGUCGCUAGACUCAUUCUCACCAAAUUGUGGCUUGUCAUUCACCAUCCUAUGACCCGGUCUGACCGUGACGCCGCUCUGUCCAAUGCAAAUCGAGAGAGCUUGUUCGCAACAUCUGUUGAGGUCGCUGAAUUUGCGCGUCUACUAGGUGCCGAUAAGAACACAUUCAAAUGGAGCUGGCUUUUUGCCACGAACAUGCAAUGGCAUGCCAUCGCAUUUGUCUUGUCGGAGCUUUGCGUGCGCCCGUUGAGCCCGCUGACAAACCGUGCUUGGGAGGCUGUGAGUAAUCUCUACCGAGAUUGGAUACGCAACAGCAAGCAACGGAAGGGAAUGCUCUGGCGACCACUGUCGAGGCUGAUGAAGCGCGCGGCAGCUCAUAGAGCAAAGCAGGAAGAGAUGCGGGCACAAAUGGGCCUCAAUGCAGGCUCUUUCCAGGAUGUGCCAUUCACCAGUGGCACUGGACCUUCACUUCUUCAGCUUCCUCCUAUAUUACCCCAGCCCCUCGCACAGCGAGAUCUAGAGAUAUCAUCUGUGAUGCCACAACAGGGUACAUUGCCCCAGACAAGCGGGUUAGAAAUCGAUCUUCGGAAGGGGCCGAUGGAUGCAAUCAUUGACCUGUUUCCGGGCGUUGACUGGCUGAACCCUCAAACGGCAGCAAUGGAGCAGCCAGUUAUGACUACCGGGGACGUCUCCAUGAAUUCAUGUGUUGCACCGACGGCCACGCCGAGCCAGACCCAGCCGGAUUCACAGCUCAAUUGGGAAGAGUGGGACCGAGUCAUGCAUGACUUUCAGAUGGAUUUGCAGGAAGCUAACACGGAGAAUCCGUUUGCAAACAUCUCCGACUGGCUUGCCUGAUGUGCUUUUGCGGUAUCAUGGACACAAUAUGCACUUACCUUGUUGUAUAACCUUUCUAUUCCUGCCGUGACCCUAGAGGUCUUUCGCCCUUCGCUCGAGCAGGCUCAGUGUUGCGGUAUAAUUGGCGACGCUUUCAGAACUUUCUUAUGAACUUCCCCUCUCUUCACGAUCAAGAAAUACCCAUCUCCAAUCCCUAUCGCGAUGAAUUAUGACUUGACUGCAAUGACUGUAUGUAUGAUAAGCCGGCUGAAAGCAAUCAAGCUGUCUUGAUGAGAUCGCGUGGGAUAUGCCUGCAACUUUGUCUGUCAAACCUAUGCCAUGUAUCAUAAUCAGAACAUUAUAAUCCCCACAGAAACUCUAAAAAGUCGGCGAG